CCAAGAGGAGAGGUAGCAAUGUCCGAUAACUCAAUGAAUCAAGACGAAGUGGAUGUCGUGAUAACAGCAUUAAACCCAAACCUUGGCCCCUUCCUUGAAGAAUGGCGGCCUGUCCUCACCCCAUACCAUCUCAUCAUUGUCAAGGACCCUAUCCUCGAUCACAAACAACAAGACCUAAAUAUUCCCCCCGGUUUCAACUCCGAUGUCUACACCAAGAGCCACAUGGAAACCCUUUUAGGCCAUGAUCUCCUCUCCUCUCUCCACUUCUCGGGACUCUCUGCUCGCUACUUCGGCUACCUUGUCUCCACCCGUCGCUACAUUGUAGCCAUUGACCCUGACUGUGUUCCCAUGAUUGAUGAGAAGGGCCAUUUAGUUGAUCCCAUAAAGCAACAUCUCCAAAACCUGACUUCCCCUUCCACUCCCUACUAUUUUAACACCCUUUAUGACCCUUACAGGCCAGGGACUGAUUUUGUGAGAGGCUACCCCUUCAGCUUGAGGAGUGGGGCCUCAACUGCUUUGUCAUGUGGCCUCUGGGUGGGCCUGCCGGACUAUGAUGCACCAACGGCGCUCGUCAAGGCCGGGUUGACCAACUCAAGGUGUGUCAAUGCUGUAAUGACGGUCCCAAGGGGUGCUUUCUUCCCAGUGAGUGGGGUCAAUUUGGCUUUUGAUAAGAGCUUGAUUGGGGUGGCCAUGUUCUCUGGGCUUCUGAUGCAGGGUAAGACAAGGUAUGAGACAUUGGAGGACAUUUGGGCAGGUUUGUGUGCAAAGGCAAUUUGUGAUCACUUAGGGUAUGGAGCAAAGAGCGGGUUGCCAUAUGUGGUGAGACGAAAGGGAGGGGGCAGUGAGGCCUUGGAGGCGUUGAAGAAAGAGUGGAAGGGGGUGAAGUGGAUGGAAGAGGUUCUUCCCUUCUUUCAGUCACUGACGCUGCCAAGGACUGCUGUUACUGCUGAGGAUUGCAUUUUGGAGAUUGCGAAGAAUGUGAAGGUGGGGCUUGGAGGUGUUGAUGCUGCCUUUGUGCAUGCUGCAGUUGCUAUGGAGGAUUGGGUCAGGGCUUGGAAGUCAGUUCUGCAGAGUGGCAGUUCACAGCCUUGAGUUGGGGUCUCUCUCUACUCUGUUUCUUCUUGCUGGCCACACUCUGUUAUGCUUUGGCAACGAAAUUUGAUUUUGGAGAGUCGUUCUCAACCGAGUUGUUCCCUGGGGAUAAGACGAACGGGAACGGAUCGUUCUUUAUAAAUUACAAUACUGAUGUGUUGAAUUCAAUUAUGGUGUUAUUUUAUGUUUAAUAAUAGAGCAAACCACUUUUCUAAAACAAUAGAGAAGAAAGUGUAUCCCUUGUACAGUUCAAAUAGAACAUCUAUACUUGCGCUUCUCUUGAACUUAUACCAGUUUCUCUAUUCAA